GUUAAGAAUGAGUCUGAAACUUGUUAUGGCCAACAAACACAUGAAUGGGCUAGCACUGAAAAAAAUUCAUACAUGAAGGAUGCUAUUGAAAGAAGAUUCGGCAAUUCUCUGAGCGUGAAGGUAAAAGAAGAUAUAUAUAUAUAACAUUCCAACAGUACAUGAAAGAUGAAGGGCCCAGCACUUGCUCCAAAGUAAAGGAGUUGAUCUUACAAACUCUUAAAAUAGUGACAUCAGCGAAUAGCGAUUCCGAAAAAACAGUGAAACUCGAUUCAAGCAACGAAUACAUAUCAGCAAAUGCUAAUAUUGAUUCAGAGACAACUGUUAAGGUCAAUUCAAACGAAGAAUAUGAUCAUGAUGAUAUAAUAUCUAGAAAGAAAAGAAGGUUAGGAGAUCAAAUAGAAAGGCCAACACACGAGGAGCCACAAACUUCUAUAAUUAAAGGGAAAAAUUUAAGUCAGCAGUCAUGUGGGUCUGAAGGAACACACAGCAAGGCGCAGCACAACAUGGUAGUUGAUGAACAAGGGCCACAGUUAGCCCCAAUUGCUACUACAUUCGAAGCAAGCAAAACCAUAGAGGACUUACAACCCACCACCCAAGCUAUACUUCAAGAAGACAACUAUACGCAUUCAAAAACAGUGACCACAGCAAGUUUUGAUUAUAUGCUAUGUCCUCAGAAAUUUGAGUCUACUUCAUACCAACAGCAAGAACAAGAAGUCACAAUAAGCACACCAUCUUUUUGCGGUUUCAAGAACAAUACCAGCACUCAAAAGGAACCAACAAGUGAUCAAUUUCCAGAGAGCAAAAUGAGCAUAGAUAUUAACAAAGUUUUUGUGCCAGAUGAAGAACUAGCUCACACACAGACAACACAAACAUCUUUUGCACGCUAUCUAGAUGAAGCUAGGAAAAACUACUUCUUCUACGGUGAUGACAUACCAACAUUACGGCUCUUCAAAAACCACGAUGAUUGCGGGAAUGAAAUCAAAGAGCCCGAAUUGUGGCGUCCUCUGCACAUGGACUCAGAAGAGUACGAAAGAAAGAUUGAGGCUGCUAAGAGGGAUGGUCCCCCAAAGAAAAACAUAGAAGUGGACAAUAUGAUGUCAAAAGACCCAGAACAGAGCUACAAAAGCAUUAAGCAGCAUUCUCAGUAUGAAAUUAAUAGCACGCCCAACGAGUUCCCCGUUUGUUGUGCACAACAACAAAGCCAGAGCUACUUUUGCAAAACACCCAGGCCUUCAACUGCAACAACAACAGAUGCAAGCAUUAUAGACUUGACCUCGCCAAAUGCUUACAAAAUUUUUCAGUGGAACCAGGAACAAACAUGCUACUCACCAAAGAACAAGAACAGCAGUUUCUUCUCACCGAGUACAUCACAUGAAAGAAACAUUGGGUCUCCUAAUCAAUUAAUAAUACCCAGAAGGUUGUUCCCUGACAAAAGCAACCACACGUAUACACCAGAUGGCACUGAAGAACAACCAAUAGCAAUAAGGGACAGUCAAUCUGCCUCCCCAGAGGUUCAAAUCCUGGGGGAAAAGUCUUUGCAACAAAAUUGCUUGAACUUGCUGGGAAACUCAGAUGAACAUUACAACACCCGUCUUUUGUUAGGGAGCUCAAACAGCUCGGUGGGAAAAGAAAAUGUUCCAAACAAAAGAAUUCUUAAGCCAAGCAAAUACCUUUGCUCUCCUUAUGACGGGUAUAACAGGGGGGAAAUUUUGAGCCAUGAAUUGGACUCUACAACAAUAUCAUGAUCUUAAGCAGUCAUGCAGAUUACAAGGGGGUUUCUUUGGAACAAUUGGGGAAAUCUUUCAAAGAGGAAGGAUGGGUAGAGUCAUACGUCAUAAAUGUGUUCUGUAGGAAACUCUUUAGGGACAAUCACCCAAGACUAUCUCAAAGGCAUUUCUUCUUCCACACUGCUAGUGAAUACUUCCUACAAAAGUGGAAGAAUGAAGCAUCGAGAUUGCAGUGGAGAGAUAAAUUAAUAAAGAGCUUCACAGGAGCUGGAAAAGCAAAGGAUCUUCAGCAAUGUAACGAAGUAUGUCUUGUCAUCUUUUGUACAUUUGUGCUUCUCUUAUUCUUUUAUUUUUUCUUUAAUUUUUUUGCCUCUGCUUUAUGAUAUGAAGUUAUUUUUUCCAAUGCUACACAAGUCACACUAGUUCGUUUUCCUGGUGGACCUGUGUGCCCAUAAAUUCAUCUUCCUGGAUUCAAAGUAUGAUGGAGAUAGCACAUACCACAGGACAAUAAAGCACAUGAUGGUAACUUGUCACAAGAGAACUCUGACUUAAUAUACAACCUUCUCAUUCAUGAUCUUAAUGUUUUUUUAAUGCAGAUCGAAAACUUCAAACGAGCUUGGAAUGAUGCUUGUCUAAAGAAUAUGGGAUUCAGACACUACGAAACUGCAUAUCCAAACUUACCGAAGCAGUAAGGAUGUGAUGCAUGCGGGAUUUUUGUCUUGAACUGGUUAGAGAACUGGCGUUCUAGGAAUGCGUUGCAAUCAGUCUUCACGCACGAUAUGGUCCAAGAUGCACGUAUCAGGUUUGCAGUCGAUAUUCUGUUCAGUGACCACAACAUUCUCGAUGAAGGGAAAAGGAUUGUCAAGGAUUUAUGAAAUAUGAGUUAAGAGACACUUUCCAGAAAACUCACCAGUGGACAUACCAGUACAAAGAUUAACAAUUCAACUAUAGUUGCGAAAAUGGCAAGACACCGUCUCUUCAAUUGUUUCUCUCACAAACAAUGGCGCAGAAUUUGAAGUUGAUGCGCAUGAAGCAAGGAAAUGUGGUGUCAAGUAGAUAACAAAACAUUUUUAUGUGUUUCAGAUUUUUUUGUUUCGUUUGUACACUGUGGCCAUGUACAAAGUACUAUGAGGAAGAGAAUGAAUGGAAAUGCGUAUGCAAAUAUAUUCGAAGUACUAUGAGGAAGAGAAUGAAUGCAAAUGAGUAUGCAAUUAUAUUCGAA